CCCCCAUGCAAACCUGCCAGAUAUUUAAGCUUCUUGACAGAGGCUCUACUCAUAUACCUGUCGGGAAGAGAGGGCAGGCUAGCAGACAGGAAGAAUUAGGGCUUUUUCUAUCGUGGUUCCAUAAUUGUGGAGCUCCCUAACCCAGGAUACACAAUCAGACCCCUUCUUGAUAUCACUUAAGAGGGACCUAAAUGCAUUUUUAUAUUAGUAUUUGUGAGUGCUUUUAUUGGGGAUAUGUAAGAGGUAAGGAGCUUCUUAACUUUUUUCAGAUGGGUGGCUAAUGGAACUGGAUUGGAAGAAGGGAGAGUGAUUUACUGCUGCUAUUGACGUUAGCGAAGUGUUUGACAUCUGUAUGUCAUUUUGAAAUUGUUUUAACAUCUUAGUCGGCUGCCAUGGGGAAGCCGUGUCUCUUUUGUACAGUUACAAACUAAAAGAAACGAAUCCUCUGAAUCUACUUAACAAAAACAAAACUUUCCCUUUUUGUCUUUGUGAGCACAGGAUAUUCUGAAAUGGAUGAAGCAGCUGCUUAGGGUCUAGAUUAACCCCAAAGAAGGCAAAGCAAAAGGAGUCGAAAGGGUGGCAAGUCAUGCUUGGAAAGACACGAGGACACCGCCAAAACAUAAGCAGCUACCACCAGCCCCCUAAAGAUGUUGCGGUGCCCCAGCAGAUCAACUCUCCCAGAGCGACUGACAUUAGCCUGGAGGUGUUCAGUGGCUCUACCCCUGAGCUCAAGCAAACCCGCAAGCCAACACGAGCUGCGAGAAGCCGCAAAGCCGACCCCAAAGAUGCCAGUGGGAGGGAGGGCGAAACGAGUACCUUUAUCCCUGGCGCUGUGGAGGCCCCCCGGCCCCCAUGCUGCCCCACUCUGUCCCAGGCCUGGAGUGUUUACAAAACGAUCUUCUGCUGCAUUGUGACAUGCGGGGACUGCUUCAGGGACUGCCCUUCUAGGAGCCUCUACAAUGAGGCACUGACAGAUGAGAGCCGAGAGUGCAAUGGGCGUUCGCCAAACAGUCCUGCCAAUAGCUCCCCUGCUGAAAAAAACGGGAGCCAAACCGAAAAGAGCACGAUCAAGAGCAGUUUCAGCUACCCAGAUGUGAAACUGAAAGGGAUCCCAGUGGGGAUUUAUACCCCUAGCCCCCACACAGAUACUGAUUCAUGCUACAAAGAGCCUCUUCCGGAGAAGAUAGCCAGGAACAGCAUAGAGAAGCAACCUCUCCCCAGCAGCCAUCGAAGCUCUGAGGAUUACUCCCCCGACGAUUUGGAUACCGACAGUGACAGUGACCCAAAGAAUAGCUCUAUAUCCAGUGGUCGGAUUGAUUACCUGAUCCACAGGAAACUGACCGAGCUCUUCAGCAUUCACCAAAUUGACGAGCUGGCCAAGUGUACGUCGGACACCGUCUUCCUGGAGAAGACCAACAAGAUCUCGGACCUCAUCAACAGCAUCACUCAGGACUAUCACUUAGAUGAGCAGGAUGCCGAAUGCAGGCUGGUCCGGGGGAUCAUACGCAUCAGCACGCGCAAGAGCCGGGUCCGACCCCGCGUUUCUGUCCCGACCCGCCUGAGUCCGGAGGAGAGCAUGAGCAGAGGCAAUCUGCCAGACAGUGGCAACGAGACCAUGUUGGCAUCUGUGCUCCCUAGUGAAGGAGAUUUCCCUGUUCAGAUAUCUGUAGAAACCACAGCAGAUAUGAAAGCCAGGAACAUGCGGCAUGGAGCAUACAGCACUGCUGGAUCUCCCCUGAGCAGAGGCUCUUCUUUCCAGGAUACAGAGACAGAUUCCUCUGGAGCCCCUCUGCUGAAAGUAUAUUGCUGAGAAAAUGGACCUUGGGAACGAACGUGCUAGGCAACGAGGCCACGGGGCAAGCUCCCGUUUUCUAAAUGACAAAUACCAUGCCACUUUAUUUUGUUUGUCAAUUUUUAAAAAAUGAACUUGACUCCCUUAACUUGCAUUUUAAGGGAGCCUCAUAAGCACAUUGUUGUCUAGCAGCAAAGUGACAGGAAAAGGAUAUUGGCACCAGCCAUAAGUUGGGCUUUCCCAGAAUGCUUGGUUUUGUUGCCAUUUUCCAAGAUAGAUUCUGCUGUAAACUUGCCUUCAGAUGACCAAGCUAGUGCCUUUUUCACUACAUCCAUAAGCAACUUUUUGCUGAGGGACGUUAAGUAGCAAUGAUGGGGUUUUUUGCACACAUCUUUCUAAGUGUGAUUGUUCCACUAGUGUAAGGGCUCCUGUUAUGCAAUAUCCCACAUUAUGUUGGUUUGAUGGUGCUUGGAGACCUUGAAGACAUCUUUCUACAUCUGUCAUUACUUAGUACAGUAUGCUUGGCUCAAGAGUACCACAUCUGUGCCUUGGAUGGACUGUGUUGAGCGAGUGAUGAUGAAACCGCCUGCAGUGAUGGCAAAUUGACAUGAAUGAUGGCAAAUCAACUUUCAAGUAGUGUGUAAUCCGUGGCCAUCCUACAGACUUUCCAACUAAGUUAACGCAAGCUGCUUGGAAAACCAGCCAAGACAUGACUUCAUAUGGAUUGCCAACCAUUUGUUGCAGAGCGUUGUUUCAAUCAACUGACAACCAUCAUCCAUGGUUGGAAAUGAUAGCUGGGGUCCUCAAGCAGAUUGGGGCUUGCUACGGAAAACCAUAGGACUCAGCAUCACAUGUCAUUUUCAGUUAUUCUUUUUUUCUAAGCCCAUCCCACUCUACAUCAAAGUUAAGCCUUGGAGGGUAAAAGAAGAAACCAGUUUAUAAACAAGCCAGCUUAUACUAAGCAAAUCAUAGCUUUCAUAGUAAUUGUCAAGCCUCAGAAUGGCAUUUAGAAACUUGAUACAUUUUUUCUCUUAUGGGACGUCAAUGAGUUUGCAAUGGAUGGGGUCCACAGUGUAUCUGGGACAUUUAACUUGAAAUUCAAACUGGUUUGAAAACCAUUUAAGCUGUUUUGCUUCCCUCAGAUAGCAAUGUGAAUUGUUACUAGCAAUCCUUUUAGCAAUCCUAUAGUCUGUUGACAGAAUAAAGGUACCCAGGGCUCCUAUGUUCAGAGCCCUUUUCACCUUUGUGCCUCAAAUUCAGGCUGCUUUGAUUUCAGUGGCAGAAAAGCUGAGAUGUUGAUGAAAUGUUCUGCAACUGCGGAUGGGUAGUUUCCAGCAACGGUUGUGCAAAAGGACUAUCGUCCCUGGAGCUGUUGCCAUAGAGGAUGGCAGCAUCACGCACUGGCCCAUUGGCCGCACUUGAGCUGAUGAGUGUGAUGUAACAUUGGCCUUAGCUGGGUAAGGCAAGCAUGUUUGUGUAAUGUUAUUAAACAGCGGCCACAGUCCAGAGCCCCACAACUCUACAUACUGUUUUUGGAGCUCUUGGGAGGAUGUGUAUGUUGGGGGGGGGGGUGAAAACACAUAACUCUCCCUUUUCCUCACCCCCACUUGCAUCUCAUGCGUGAAUUCCUUCUCCUUUCUGUUUCCCCAACCCCAGUACUCUCACCUGGAGUCUUCCCAGAUUGCACCAAUGUGUGUGUUUUGUUCUGUGCAGAAGACCGCAAGGAAAACCUCAGCCAGGUUAAUUCAUGCAGCUGGUGGCAUUUUGGUGAUUUGCUGUAUAUUUAUCUUCAUUUUUAACUUAGGCUUGAUCAGAACUGUUAGCAGUGUAUAAUUUCCCCUCUUUUAAAUGUGCACACUUAGUUGUCGAUAACACACUGGAUGCACAAUACUGUGCUGAUUUUUUUUAAAUGUGCCAGUCACUCCCCAUUGUUGCCUCUCUCUUUCUCUCUUGCACCUUUCUGUCUCAUUUGUACCUUAACUUGCCUGGAGGGGACAUUUCCAAAUAGUAGUGUGUUUUCUUUGGGAAAUGAGCUAAUAUGGAAAAUCCAUGUCCUUUUGCUAUUUUUAAAAAGCCAGUGAACUUUUAAAAAAUGAUGAUGAUGAUUUAAAUAAAUCUACCCCUCUUCCACUCAUACCAAGGGACUGGUUUAAUCUCAAGGAUGACUGCAGCAUUUAGGAAUGGGUUCCAAUGUUGCCUUUUGGAAAUAUCAUGAACUUUGCAUAAUGUUCUAAUGGUUUGUUUGUUCCACUUGCAAAUAUGUAUAUAUUUUUAUUGAUUCAGUUCACAAAACAUACCCACAAAUUGAGUACAGAACUUGACAGCUGUUCAGGAAAGAAAGAAAAAAUCAGCUGAUGGGUGUGGUCUUAAAACGUUCCAAAGUAGGCAGUCAAAUGAAGGUGCUUCUUCACAAGGUUCCGUGUGUCAAUGGAGGGUGAAAAUCAUGUUCAAUUUUCUUAACAAAGUCAAUAAAAGGAUACCAUGUUGUACAGAAGAAGAUGCAAGUCCUUUUUUUCCAGAUCAAUGUUCCUUUUGUGAGGUGGUUUGUCCAUAAGCACAAUGUCCCAUACUUGCAAAAUUCAAGCUUCAAAAAGUUUUGCAGUUAAAGGCUUUCCAGUUCUUUGCUUAUCACUAAUCAAUUUGCAAUGAAGGAUGAGAUAUUUAUUCAUUGUAUUCUUAAUCUGAUGAGUAAAAUAAAAGGGCUAGUUUUGGGUCUUGUCGUAGUGACUGUCCUGUCAUCUGAUUAUUUGAAAGAAUAAUUUCCCCCAAAAGGGAAUAAAUGGGGCAAAAUGAUUAUUUGGGAACUAAGCCAAUUGCAUUCCUGCCAGCAGAGUUUGGAUGUAUUGUUAAUUUUAUUCAAUCUGACUGGGCACACGUACUGGUGAUGUGCUAUUUUUAGAGCAUUUUCUCAAGCAGGCACGUAGCAAGGGAGGGGCGGGGGCGGGGCGCCCCUGGCUCCAGUCUGGUGGGGGCAGCACUCGGGGCAGUGCCGCCGGCCCCUGGCCCGCCCCUCGCCUCCUCCGGCCGAGCGUGCCGCCACCCUCGCGCGCCGCCACGGACGGACUGCGUAUGUGUGGACAUGUGCAGUCCGUCCUGUUGCAUGCGUCGUGACGUCACAAUGCAUGCACCAGGGCGGACUGCGUAUGUAUUGCCCCGGGCAGCCAAGCAGCACCGUUCGCCACUGUUCUCAAGUCCUAAUUGAGAGAGAUCCAAAUGGUAGUCAGGUCCAAAUUUGUUUCCAUAGUUGUUCCUCUAGCUCUUCUCCACAAUAUUAUUCCCAUUUUAUUCUUGAUAAAAUGAAAUAAGAGGAGAGGUAGCAAGAGGAUUUUAUAUAGUUGGGAAAUGAUUCAUUUUUCCAGUGUGUUCAAAGCUGUUUAGGUUGAGUAGUGUCUGAGCCCUUAGAUUUGGUUGGUUUAGGAAGUGUAUGAUCUGUUGCAUCUGGUCUGGAACCAACCUUUCAAGCAGCAUUUGAUGACCCUGAAAAAUAAGAGCAAAUUCCUAUGGGGAGCAGUAUCGGUUGUGGGUCUGCACAGAUAAGGAAGCCAAAUGCUGUAGGCUUGUGUGUUCUUAAGGAAAAUGCUUCAAAUGUGCCCAAGGUGGAUUAAGUCUCUGCCUCUUUGUUAGAGAACAGAUAGCUUCAGGGGAUAUCAAAGGUUAGAACACACUGUACUUGAUGAACCAGUUUCCCCCUUUCUCCUACUACUAGGAGAAAAAUCUCCCCCCAGCUUUCAUCAUCAACUUCCUCUGCAGAAAAAAGAAAUUUCAAGCUUCUCCCAGUGACUCUCUGAGAUGACAAUAACAAACAAGGAACAGGGUUGUGCACACCAUAAUAAGCCUUGAGCCAUUCAAAAUAAAUACAAGUUGGCUCUCUGCAGUCAGAAGAAAGCACUACUGGGAGUUCAAUGGCAUUUACUCCCAGGAAAUGAUGCAUGGGAUUGCAGUCAUGCUGAUCCUAAUAAAUUGGGCAUUAUGAUAUGUAUUGCUGCUACCCACCCAGCCCAAAGCAGGGGUAAAAUAUAUUAUGAAUCAACUCAGCUGCUUUUCUUUUUGACUCUCCUUGGUAUGACUAUGGGGAAUAAUCAGCUCCUGCUGUUUAAAAUGUUGUCAUGAGCGCUCAUUUUUGUUUCAGUGGAAAGUAACAAUAAAGCUGAGGUGGCCACCUCCUUCUCUUCUCCAGUUCAUUGAUUUCCAUUUUUCAUGAGAACUUAUUAAUGAUUGUUAAUUGGAAGAAUACCUCUGGAGAGUUUACAACAUUUGAUGCUUUUUAACUUACAGCAAAGGUGAGGAAGAUGAGUCAUGAUGGAGGUAUAUAAAAUGUGUUGGAGACAGCAGACACAGCAGCUUUGCUCCUCAUCAAAGCAAAGUUCAGGAAAAUUAAAUGAGGCUGAAUGGUGGAAGAUUCAGGGCAGACAACAGAACAUACAUUUUCACACAGAGCAUAGUUAAACUAUGGAACUCACUCCCUCAAGAAAUAGUGAUGGCCACCAACUUGGAUGGCUUUAAAAGAUAAUUUGACAAAUUCACGACUAUGUCCAAUGAUGAUGAUAUACCUCCCUUCGCCCUAAGGUCUCAGGGCAGGUUACAACAAUUUAAAAUCUAACAUCAAAAUCCACUAUCGGAGGCAGUAAGCUUCUGAAUACCAAUUGCUGGGAAUUGCAGGAGGGGAAAGUGCUGUUGUGCUGACACUCUGCUUGCAGGCUUCACAGAGGCACCUGGUUGGCCACUGAGAAGAGGCU